AUGCUUAGAAGUGCAUCGCGUCAGUCUGCUUUCAUCCAUCAGCCGAAACAUUGGCUCAAUGUGUCAAGUCGAAGUCUCAGUACCACCAACACGACCAUUCCCCUCGUUAUCAAUGGAAAGGAUAUCGAGACCGCAGGUUCUCACCCGGUUUCUAAGACCAAGGUAUCCGCUCAACGAGAGAUAUUUCUUACUGCAGCCCAUAUUAUAGAUAAGCAACGAGCAGAACUUGGUAACUAUAUAUAUUACGAAAUUAACUACCAGGAUUUUAUUUUAGAUCUUACUAUCAAUAGGCUAAAGGAUACAGCCGGAUAUAUAUCUAGAGCUAUCCAGGGAAUAAUACCAGAGUCCAACUAUAAUAGAAUAAAAGCUAUUAUUUAUAAACAGCUGUAUAGAGGUAUUAUUAAUAUUUUCUAUAAGGCUGGAUUACCAGAUAGAGCUCUUAAUCUUAUCUUCUACUCUCCCAGGGAUAUAGAAACCACUAUUAAUACUCUUAUAUUAUAUCCAGAUAUAAGGAAGAUCAACUUUACUAGAAGUACCAGGGUUAGUAGUAUUAUCUCUAAGACUGCUGGUAAAUAUUUAAAGCCUGUUCUUAUAGAGCUUAGCGGAAAGACUACAGUAAAGUUCAGGAAUAUCCUAAAAAAAGCUAUUCAGGAUCUCUUCGGAUCUACGAAUAAUACUCCUAUUAUUAUAACUACAGAAUCAGCUCAAAAAAACCAAGUACUUAUAUCAGAUACUAUUAAUAAGGUUAUCCUGAGCAAUAUUAAUAAGUUAAUAGAUCUUUAUAGCAGCGAGUUAUUCAGGCUCAGUAUCUUACUAUUUACCUUUAAGUCUUUAGAUAAUACUAUUACCUUAGCUAAUAAUACAGACUACGGACUAAUAGUAUUAAUCUUUAUAGAAGACCUAAGAAAGGUAUUCCGUAUUACUAAUAAAUUAGAGUCUGGUACUAUAUAUAUUAACUCUAUAACUGUAUAUAAUGAGUAUCCUCUUCCUUAUAGCGGAGUAAAGAAGAGUAGAUUUGGAUGGUUUAAUAGCUAUUAA